ACAGGGAGAGAGUUUGAGCGCACGAAGUUUCUGAAUGACAGCAAAGUACACCCUGGAUCUCCUCUCGGCCGGAGGGAAACGUCCCGUUACAAGCCUUGCGUUUUCACACAAACUUCCCCACUCUCUCAACAGCAACCGGGGGGACGAAGACACGUUUAAGAAACCAAAGAACUAACAAAAAAAAAUCGGGAGAAAUACACUCUUUUUUUUACUUUUUAUUUACAGGUGGCCCCUGACGUCACACGAGGUCGCAGUACGCCCAAAAAUAAUAACACACCUCCGCUGCACAAGCAAGUGCCUCCCCCGGGGGGGUGGGGGGGGGGUUCUAGUCCCAAACACACCGGCGUGCUGGGAUCCUGCUCGGUGUGUGUUUGAGUCGUAACGAGGAAAGAAAGAAAAAAAAAAAAACAAGGCGCUUCUUCCUCGCAUUGCGCGUCAUUCAAACAGGACUCAGUGUACCGCUUUUCUCUCUGUUGCAUUAGUAAUAACAGCGGCGUUGACGAGAGACAGCAGGAGAGAGUGCGCGUCUCCGACAGCGGUGCCCAGCGGAGGAAUAUUUGGCUGAUUUGAGCCUCUCUUGUUAUUUACUGUGCGGCUUGUUGUGCGUUUUCUCCGCGGCAUGGUGAACUUGGACGGUCACGUGCGAACAUCUUCGGAAGUGUAGAGGACACCGACGUCUCACCUGGCGCGUCCCCGCGACUCCACCGUGAGGGAAAUAUACCUGCCAUUAUUUUUCUGCGUGAGUUGACACCGCUGGACUCCUACCCACCCUUCCCUGUGACAGACUUCAACAACAGCAAGUUUUCUCCCUCAGGGAUGAAAUAUGCACACUCUGCACCCGUAGAAAAAAGCAGACAGCAAGCAGUGUGAAGUACAAAGUGGUUUUAAAUCAUGAUGAUGCAGGAGUCGGCCACAGAGACAAUAAGCAACAGUUCAAUGAGUCAAAAUGGAAUGAGCACCCUAAGCAGCAGCCAAUUAGAGGCUGGCAGUAGAGAUGGGAGAUCAAGCGCUGGUGACACAAGCAGCGAAGUAAGCACAGUCGAGCUGCUGCAUCUGCAACAACAGCAGGCACUACAAGCAGCGAGACAAUUACUCUUGCAGCAGUCAGGCAGUGGCCUGAAAUCUCCAAAGAGCCAGGACAAGCAGCGUCCACUGCAGGUUCCAGUGUCAGUGGCCAUGAUGAGUCCCCAGGUGAUCACGCCACAACAGAUGCAGCAGAUCCUCCAGCAGCAGGUGCUCUCCCCCCAGCAGCUCCAGGCCCUCCUCCAGCAACAGCAGGCUGUAAUGCUGCAGCAGCAACACCUGCAGGAGUUUUAUAAGAAACAGCAGGAGCAGCUUCAUCUGCAGCUUCUCCAGCAACAGCACCCUGGCAAGCAGGUUAAAGAGCAACAGCAGCAGCAGCAGCAGCAGCAACAGCAGCAGCAGCUGGCCGCCCAGCAGCUCGUCUUCCAGCAGCAGCUCCUGCAGAUGCAGCAGCUCCAGCAGCAGCAGCACCUGCUCAACAUGCAGCGGCAGGGCCUGCUCUCACUGCCAGGGCCUGCUCCAGGCCAGGCCGCCCUGCCCGGACAGACCCUGCCCCCACCAGGUGGCUUGAGCCCCGCUGAACUCCAGCAGUUGUGGAAGGAUGUGACCGGUGGCGGAGGCGGCGGCGGCCACGCCAUGGAGGAAAACGGCCUCAAACACAGCGGCAGCGGCACCGGGAACCACGUGAGCGGCAGCGGCGGUUUAGAUCUCUCCACAAACAACACCUCUUCAACUACCUCCUCCUCCAAUCCCGCCAAAGCAUCGCCACCCAUCCCUCAUCACUCCAUCACCAACGGACAGUCGCCCGCUCUCAACCACAGAAGAGAGCGAGAACGGGAGCGAGAGAGUUCACUACAUGAAGAAAACGGAGGAACCCACCCCCUGUAUGGUCAUGGUGUGUGCAAGUGGCCUGGCUGUGAGAACAUCUGUGAGGACUUUGGACAGUUUUUAAAGCACCUAAACAGCGAGCAUGCCCUCGAUGAUCGGAGCACAGCCCAGUGUCGAGUCCAGAUGCAAGUCGUACAGCAGCUUGAAAUACAACUUUCUAAAGAACGUGAGCGUCUUCAGGCGAUGAUGACCCACUUGCACAUGCGGCCCUCAGAACCCAAGUCAUCUCCCAAACCACUCAACUUGGUGUCCAGCGUCACCAUGUCCAAGAACCUGCCCUCGGUAUCACCCCCCAACUUACCUCAGACCCCCACCACGCCCACGGCCCCCAUCACGCCCAUGGCUGCCAUGCCUCAGGUGCCAUCCGUCCUGGGAGGAGCCAACGUCCCCAGCAUGGGGGCCAUGCGCAGACGCCACUCCGACAAAUACUCCAUGCCUCUGUCGUCGGGUGGUGAUACAGUAUUUAUUUUUCCAGAGAUUGCCCCAAACUACGAGUUUUAUAAGAACGCAGAUGUCAGACCGCCAUUUACUUAUGCAACCCUCAUAAGACAGGCCAUCAUGGACUCUGCCGACAUGCAGUUAACGCUCAAUGAAAUCUACAGCUGGUUCACGCGCACGUUCGCCUACUUCAGACGCAACGCAGCGACCUGGAAGAACGCCGUCCGCCACAAUCUCAGCCUGCACAAGUGCUUCGUGCGCGUGGAGAACGUGAAGGGGGCAGUGUGGACCGUGGACGAGGUGGAGUACCAGAAACGCAGGUCGCAGAAGAUCACAGGAAGUCCAUCUCUCGUCAAGAACCUACCCUCGAGUCUGGGCUAUGGAACUGCACUAAACGCCAGCUUACAGGCCGCCCUGGCGGAGUCCUCCCUGCCUUUGCUCGGCACCCCGGGACUCAUGAGCGCCGCGGGGCCGAUGGGAGGCAACUGCCACGGCCUCCUCGGCGGAGACCUGUCCGGACACACCGGAGGAAGUCCGCCCGGACUGUUAGGCGGGAGCCCCCCCGGCAUGCUGGGCGGCAGCCCCCCGAUCACGCUGAGCGGCAGCCCCCCGACAUUGUUGCAGUCCUCCCACGAGGAGUUCAACGGCUCACUCGACCACCUGGACACCAACGGACACAGCAGCCCCGGAUACUCCCCUCCGGUACACAUGCCAGCUAUUCGUGUGAAGGAGGAGCCCCUCAAUAUGGAUGACGAUGACUGUCCGAUGUCACUCGUGACGACAGCCAAUCACAGUCCAGAGCUGGACGACGACCGGGAGCUGGAGGAAGGCAACCUAUCGGAUGACCUGGAGUGACUAGGAUACCGUUUUUGGUCGACGUAUCCCUUCACCCAACAGCACUGUUUCUCUCACACAGACCUACCAGACUAAAAAAAAAGAAAACAACAAAAAAAAAACAACCACUCCACAGUCCAAGCAACCACAGCUGACCGUCUUUGUCUCCCUCACCACUGAGACUAUUUAUUGAGCAUGUAUCCGGACAGAGACCAAUCCAAAGGAACUCUUUGUUGCAGCCCUUCUGGAUCCCCAAACAAGACAGACGCGAGAGGUCUGUUUUAAAAUAAUUAACUCUCCGAGAGCUGUUUCUUUAGGGGUGGCCUGGCCACGUACAGUACAAGGAUGAUGGACUCAUGAACGGCGGGAAGAAACAUGAGACAAAUAAGCAAAUCAUGUUCCGUUGAAAGCUAGCGGCCUCAUAUACUGCCAAAAAGGAAAACAUUUUAUGUUUGUGAAUAAUCCAACCCACAGUAGUUGUUAACGUCCAGAGACAAUUGCUGGUUCAAUUCAAGUUGUUGCUCUGUUAUCAUUUGCACAGGAGUAGUCUCAGAAGUUUGUGUCACUGCCUGUAUGUUGCUACUAUUAUAAAGAAAAAAAACAAUGUAUUAUUUUUACCUUUUUAAUUUUUUUACCAUUGUUAGUUUCCAAAUAUGAGUUUAUUUUUACUUUUCUUUGGCACCACCAACUGUAAAUGCCAUCCCCUGAAUCAUGCCAGAAAUGAAACUGCGGUACCAAGACUGUUGUUACAGCUGUCCAAAAAAAAAAAAAAAAAGGAAGGGAAGAAAAAAAAAGGAAAAGGAAAAGUUGACUUCCAGUGUAUCUCUCUGUGAUUAAAAGUUUGGAAAUUAAGUUGGGGAAACAAUAAUAGCACCAUUUACAAAACAAAUGCAUUCCCGCAUAAUUUUCCUCUUGCUGUUCUCCUUACCUCCGAGUUUUAAAGCUUUGUCUACCUGCUAACAGUCACAGGCAACUGCUAGAAACCAAAGCCAACACGAGCAAUGGCCAAUAGCUUACAGACAGAAGCCACCAAACUCCUCUUGGUCGCCUUCUGUGACUUUAAAUGAGUACAAAGAGAAGCUUUCGUUCCGCAAACUACCUUGGAAUAACCUCUGGGAUUGUUUCAUUUAGCCCUAUACAAAGAUGAUCAUAACAAAGAGCGCAGAUAGAAACGCUGACUUUUUAUUUGUAAUAUGAGAACUCAUAAAUUGUCCACUUUGGAGAUUUUUCUGCCAGAUGUCCUGCAGGUGUGAGAUUUGAUCUGGAGGCAUUUUACGCUGCUGAGUUCACUGGUAGAGAGCAGCUAACUUUAAAAGUGGACCAAGACCAAAACAAAGCAUUCGUGUAUUCAGUGGAAGUGCAGAAAAACUUUGUGUCGUUGUGAAGUUGUUUUUUUUUUUUUUCUUUUGCGUUGCUCAUUACACGUCAGAAGUCUUUUCUUUUCCAUUUCCCUUUCCUUUAAAAGUGGGACUGUCAACGUUGUCAUGUUUUACUACCGUGGCGGAUUCGUUCGGAGCAGCAUCGGAAGCGUAACUGAAAACAUCCUUAACCAAACAUGAAAAUAUCUAGUAAAGCCAAAUAAGUCAUAAUAAUUUCAAGUUGAUAUGAAAUGAUGUGGCUUGGUUCUCAUGUAAAAGCAAAUACUAGUAGCCAUCGCCGAAGAGGAAAUCUAAAGUCAAAGGUAAAUUUGCUUUAAUUUCAUUAAACACUCAUUUGUGUGGAUCACAGGUACAGGUACAACUGAUGUACGGUGUUUAGAUUUGUGAGCAGCUUUUUAUAACACACAGCAUUUACAGUCUCGCGACGGAGAAGGAGUAGUGGCAGAAACUGCAUCCCGUCAUUUUCCUCUCAGCCUAUAACAUCGAGAAAAAGUGUUUGUUGCUUUAAAGGUCAUUUCUGUUUUCAGUAAACCAAAGUUACACAAAAUUCUGCCUCCUUUUGCAUGGGAUAACGAAAAGAAAAGUCCUGAAACAGCCACACAAACACUAACAUACAGGCACACGCACACACAGAUCCUCAAUUUUGUCGUUUUGGCUCUUUAGCUGCAAAUAAAAGAGAACAAAAAAACAAAAGAUGCCGUCAAAUAACUUGGUUUUGACCAAAAUGGAAACACACUGUGUUGGAAGUAGCUGGAAGAGCUUUAAAUGUAGAUUAAUGCAGCACCAUGCAAACGCACACACACACACACACACACACACACCUCAUCGAGAGGAUCCCGGGCCCAGGAACCAAACUUAUCCCUACAAUACGGAGCCAGAGUCAGCAAAACGUCUGAAAGACGACAUCCUUAAUAACUUUAUCACACCAAAUAAUAAAAAAAGGACGCUGUGUCUUUCAAAAGAAAAAAAAAAGAAAAAGUAAGGGUUCUCCCACUUACCCAAAAAAGCUUUGUGAAAGCUUCUACCUCUGCACAACAAAUUCAGAACAAUUACGACGGAUUGCACGAGUUAUGAGAGCGCCACACUUUACUGCGCUUGUCUCACAGGACGUGGCUCGAACCAACGUUUACAUUCCCUGCGUCAAGAUGGAAGAUUCGCAUUGUAAUAGGUUCUCCGCAAACAUUUGUAGAAUGAUGAUGUAUAGAUUACCUGUAAGGGAAUAUUGUGUUUUAAAAAUGCAUGUCUAAAAAUCAUUUGGUGGACUGGAAACAAGAACUAAUAAAAAGAAUAUAAUAAAAACCACGGGGAUGAUGGCCUAAAUGUACAAUGCAUAGGAGUGAGUUACCUCAGAUGUACUGUUUGGGGAGGGAUAAAAACCUGUCAGCCACAGAAUGCGUAUUACCUGUAGAUUUGCAUGGGUUUUGUAUAAAUUAAGUAAAAAAAAACUAAAAAAAAAAAAAAAAGUCUAAAAUAGUUGCUUGCACAUAAAUACCAGAAAGACCUCCAGAACUGCGAUCUGCUCCUCCACUAGAUUUUAGGAUUGUCUGGAUUUUCUGGGUUUGAUUUUGUCUGUAUUUUGAUAACUGUGCAUACUUAUGUAAAAAGGAAAAAAAAACGUUGGUGGACCCAUAAAUUUACCAGACUUUUUUCUAAGAGGAAGAAAAAAAAAAAGAUCAGUGUUUCUUUUCUGACUUACCUGAAUUUUUACUGUUUCUCUCUCUCAUUGCUCGCUAAGAAUAGCAAAACCUGCUUUUUCUGCAUCUGCUUUGCGUAGCUGUAAGGCUUAACCUAAUGUGUGUAUUUAUUGCUUGUACCUCUGUGCAUACUUUAUGAAGCAUUAUGUCUGGCAGUUGAGUCAUGUAUCCUUUCUACUGCUAUCCUUCUCUAAUAUUUGAGAAUAUGAUCCCCCUAUGUAUACAGUAAAUUGGGACUGUAGCAAACAUGUUUAUGUAAUUGGUGAAAACUUUUUCUUUUUUUUGUUUUUUCUUUUUUUUUAAUUUCCUUUCCAUCAAGAUUCAACUACUUCUUUUGAUACUUCUAAUUACUGUGUACUGUGUCCAUACGUUAAAGGUUCUCUGACAUUAGAAGGUCAUGGUUGAGAAUUGUAACAGACAUUAUUUUCUGUAUUCAUGGCAUUUCACUGCUGAAUAAAAUAAAGGACCAAAACUUGGAA